CUUUCUCGAUCAUACGAAACAAAGAAGCAAGGAAGAAAGGACUUGUCGAGCUAGCGUCCAGCAACCGAUUUUAAAGAGGUGGAUGUUUUUUUCUCUCAACAGUUGACGUUGUCUUUCGGAAUCAAUUUUCAAGUAAAAAUUCAUAAACAUGACGAACACGAAUGCUAUGUCAGAUUCUCAGGAAUCUGCAUUGAUGGAUGAAGAAACAUAUAAAGUUAUAGAACAGCAAUUUGGAGGUACCCUGCCUCUAGAAAGUAUAAACGAAGAAUUGCUUGCUGUCUCGGAAGAUAAGGUUGAUACGAGUAACAAUAUAUAUGCUAUGUUGGAAUCUGUAGAAAAAUAUAAAAAAUUUAAAGAAGAGGAAGAAGAAAUGUAUUAUCCAACACCAGAACUGUUUUCUACAAUGCUCAGUGAUGAAGCUUUCACUGGACAAUUGAAUUUCCAGUACAGUUUAGGAACUGGUGGUACUAAUCAGGAUUGGUCGUAUUCUGAAGCAUUGGAUAAAGUGUUUAUCAAAAUGGAGAAAGUUUUACCUAUGCGAUUCACAUGGGAACCACCUCUGUCAGGUUUGUACUUGCGCACUGCAAUGGUUUUUAUGUUGGAGCAGUACAGAAGUGAUCCAGUAAAAAGAUGCCACAAUCAUAUGGCACCAACCAAUCCCAUUAAUCAUAACAUAGAUCCACAAAGAAUUAAACAUGUGGUUCAUUGUGUUAAUCAUGCUUCAAGCAUCUAUCAGGAGAGAAAUGAACAUCUUUCUAUCUUAACACCGCUUUGCACACCUGAGGCUGGGUCGCAAUAUGUACCAGUAUCUUUCAAGUUUCUUUGCAAAAAUAGUUGCGCAUCUGGUUUGAAUCGUAGACCAACAGAGCUAGUAUUUACUUUAGAAGAUCAUGGAGGAACAGUUUUGGGCCGUCGAAAAUUAUUAGUUAGAGUAUGCAGUUGUCCUAAACGAGAUAGAUUAAAAGAGGAACAGGUAGAAUCGACACCAAUGCCUUCCUCCAAACGAAAAGUUGAUAAUGUUGUUUUACCGUCUGGUAAAAGAAUGCGGUCUUCGUGCGACACGCAUGUUUAUAAAGUUGAGUUAAAUAUUGUUGGCAAAGAUAACUAUUUGCAAGUUCUUAAGAAUGCCUUUGAUAUUAUGGCCGGUCAAGCGGCAAGAACUGGUCAACAUGAAUUCUUUAAACCAUAUAUGGAUGAUAUAUUGCGCAAAAUGCCAUAAAAACAUAACUUU